AUGACCACAACCACGCUACUCGUGGGCAAUCAGCAAGCCAAAAAGCCCCAAGAGGAGCUGAUCGCCUGGGACUCACUCAACGCCGAGUACAACUUCUUCCACCACUCCUUCAACAAUUUCCAAUUCAUCCCCCGUGAUACCGGCUCCGGACAGCCAAUCCAGCUUCAAGAAGACUUGUACUCUCACCCGGAAUACCAGGUGGAUCUUCAGCCGAACCUCGGCCUGGGCAUAGUGGAGCCCGCCUACCAAGAUAAUCUCCAGUUCAACUUUGACCUGCUCCAGCUGUCAUCGCCCGCUUUGCACCACAGACGCCACACCAUGUCGGAAGGAGACGAGCCGCCUGUGCCGAUCUUUUCGAACUCGAUGAAGGACUUUCAGAGACAGAAUGCCAUGCCUUUGAAGACGGUCAACCCAAAGGAGAUCAUCAACAGUUUCCAAGAUGACCCAAGUCGGGGAAGCAAGCAGAAGUCUGAUUUCUGGAUGAUGCAGGGGGAGGCCAUCGGAGCCAUAGCAACGUGGCUCAACUCCAAAGAGGACGAUCGCGACCAUAACCUCAAGCAGGAGUUCACGCCACCAGUUGAGGAACAGCAUUCGAUGGACCCUUCCGUGGACCUUUCUCUUGACAUGCUGCAUCACCAGCUGGAACUGGAGCAGCUGCAGCCGCAAGUGCAGAUGCCUCAGGAUCCUCCACAGAGGCCUCCAGUGACACCCAGGAAGGAAAGGCGCAAGCGCUCCUCCGUAUCGAUUCCACUUAAGCCUCAGACAGCUGCCAGACGUAAGCGUACCAAGUCGAUGGAUUUCCACACGCCAUUUCAGUCCCCAUUACUGUCCGGUGUCUCUUUCACUGCCAUUGACGAUGUGGCCACCACAAGCAGUUCGCGUGCAACGUCCCCCACGCUUUCGGAGGAUCUGGAAAAACAGUUUCAGUGCGAGCAUUGCCCAAAGAAAUUCAGGCGCUCCGAGCAUCUCAAACGUCACAACCGCUCGGUCCAUUCCAACGACAGGCCGUUCCACUGCUCUUUCUGCGAGAAGAAGUUCUCGCGUUCGGACAAUCUGUCGCAACAUUUGCGGACCCACAAGCGGGAUUGA